GGCCCGAGGCUGUGGCGAAGUGGAUCCGUCAGUUAGAGCAGAACUUUGACCUCCUGCAGUGCUCUGACGAGCAGAAGGUUAUUUGUGGCCGUUAUAUGCUUAAGGGAAGUUCCGCCUUAUGGUGGUCCGGCUAUUGGAGGUUGCGACAUGUGGAGUUUAAUGUCCUGACUUGGGAUCGCAUGAAGGAGGUGAUCAUGGAGAAGUAUUAUCCUCAGGGUUAUCGCAUGAGGAUGGAGCGUGCUUUUUGGGAUCAAACUCAGGGGACUGGUACCGUUGAGGAGUACGAACGGGAGUUCACCCGCAUGAGUGCCUUUGCUCCACAUAUGGUGGACACCGACCUGAAGAAGGCCCACAAGUUUCGGGAUGGGCUGAAUCAAACCCUCCGUAUGCAUGUUGCUAGCCAGAGAGAUCUUUUCUUUGAUGAGACCGUUAUCCGAGCCACCCAGAUUGAGAGUUAUCAGACUCUCAAUGUUCCUGCCCCUUCCGCUCAGCUAGUUCAGCCCAUUUCCUCCGCACUGCCUGGCUCUAGUUCGGGCAAGAGAAAGUUUGAUUCCCGUCGGGAUAACCGAAAGGGAAAGCGCGGUGGGAACGACCGUCGUGGUGAGCGUCCCUUCGCUCGAGACCAAUUUCUGAGGUGUCGUAACUGUGGUCGUUAUCAUCCGGGAGAGUGUCGUUAUACCCAGCGAGUUUGCUUCAACUGCAUGAAGCCCGGUCAUUUCUUCAGUGCUUGCCCCGAGCCCCCGAGACAGCAGGCCCAGCUGCAGCAGCAGCAGCUUCCCCCUCCACCUUACCAGCAACAGCAGCCCAGGAAGCCCCCACCACCACACCAGCAGCGGGCAGGAGGUCAGGCUCGUGUAUAUACCAUUGCUCACGACGAGGCAGCCAACAACGCAGGUAUCAUGUCUGGCAUGAUUUUCUUAUCCAAUGUGUCUAUCUUUGCGUUAUGUGACACUGGAGCUACUCAUUCCUUUAUAUCCUCUCAAUGCUUGGAGGCCCUGUCUAUUGAUAAUGUGUGCAACUGUGAUCCUCUCGAGGUUAGCCUGGCCUCGGGAAAAAUUAUUAUCUUCGAUUCUAUGGUUUCUGGUCCUCAGGUUAGUAAUAGUGGGCGUGUUUUGGAGGCUGAUUGCUAUGUUAUUGAAAUGCGGGACUUCGAUGUGAUCUUGGGCAUGGACUGCCUCACUCGCUAUCGAGCCGAUAUUCGGACUGUGCCUCGAGUCAUCUCUUUUAUGCAAGCUAGGAAGAGCCUUUCUAAGGGUAGCUGUCUAGGCUAUCUGGUUUCUAUGGUAUCUGAGGACGAUUCUGAGAGGUCCCCAGAGAGAGUCUCUAUCGUCUGCGAGUAUAUCGAUGUCUUUCUUGAUGAGUUGCCUGGAGGACCGCCCGACCGCCAAGUGGAGUUUACCAUUGAUCUAGUACCAGGAGCCGGCCCUGUUUCUAAGGCCCCUUAUCGUAUGGUGCCGAAGGAGCCUCAAGAGCUCAAGGACCAAAUCCGGGAGUUGCUCAAGCUCGGUUUUAUUCGGCAGAGUGUAUCGUCGUGGGGUGCGCCCGUGCUAUUCGUGAAGAAGAAAGACGGAUCGAUGCACAUGUGCAUUGACUAUCGGGAGUUGAAUACCCUUACAGUCCAGAACAAGUACCCCCUUCCUCGCAUUGAGGAUCUCUUCAACCAGUUGAAGGGAGCCAACGUCCUUUCCAAGAUCGACUUGCGUUCUGGCUAUCAUCAGUUGAAGAUCCAUGAGUCGGAUAUUUCUAAGACUGCCUUCCGUACCUGUUAUGGCCACUAUGAGUUCGUAGUUAUGCCGUUCGGACUCAGCAAUGCCCCGGCCGUGUUUAUGGACCUUAUGAAUAGGGUCUUUCAUCCUUUCCUGGACCAGUUUGUCAUUGUGUUCAUCGACGACAUCCUGGUUUAUUCUCGGAGCAUCGACCAGCACAAGAAGCAUCUGAGGAUUGUGCUGGAGACUCUUCGCCGCGAGAAGCUGUAUGCUGAGUUCUCAAAGUGCGAGUUUUGGCUGGAUCGUGUGGCAUUCCUUGGCCACAUUGUGACAGCGAAAGGCAUUAAGGUGGAUCCCAGCAAGAUCGAGGCAGUGAGCAAAUGGGAUACGCCAAGAAGUGUCGCUGAUGUUUGUAGGUUCCUGGGGUUAGCAGGAUACUACCGGAGGUUUAUCGAGGGUUUCUCGAAGAUAGCCCAGCCACUAACCAACCUUACGAAGAAGGUCGUGAGGUUCGAUUGGAGUCCUAGGUAUGAAAAGAGUUUCCAGGAGUUGAAGAGGAGACUCACUACCGCGCCCGUUCUAUCGAUUCCUGAUCCUACUUUGGAGUUCAUCAUCUAUAGUGUUGCUUCGAAGAUGGGUUUGGGAUGUGUCCUUAUGCACCAGGGGAGAGUCGUAGCCUAUGCUUCGAGGCAGCGGAAGCCUCACGAGCAGAACUACCCCACUCACGAUCUUGAGUUAGCUGCAGUCGUUCACGCCUUGAAGAUUUGGCGGCAGUACCUCUAUGGAGACAAGUGUGAGAUUUUUACCGACCACAAGAGCCUAAAGUACAUUUUCACCCAGAAGGAGCUGAAUAUGCAGCAGCGUAGGUGGUUGGAACUGGUCAAGGACUACAAUUGCACGAUUAGCUACCAUCCUGGGAAAGCUAACGUAGUAGCCGAUGCCCUUAGUCGGAGGAGUUAUGGCCAGUUGUCCUGUCUUUUUACCGAGCAAGAU